AUGGCGGGCCUGCGACCGAGACAAAACCAGUUCAACCUCAGCCCUUCCGAUAUCCCCAUUCCAACUAGUCGACCACCUAUCCCAAAUAGUGGCCCGACAGUCCGGAGGGCAAAGACACUCAUACGACCUGAACGUGGUGUUGCACCCGUUCCUCUCAUUAACCCACCUGACCCAUCACAUGGCUCAACGAAUAGUGCCAACGUUGACGGCUCAGAUGCCUGGCGCAUCACUUCCCGAGUUCUAACCUUUUGGGCGCCUGAUGUUCUCCUCACAAGUGUCGGCGGCAUGCGCGAUCCAAAUACCCGUCAGGCAUGGCGGGAAAAGAUUGUUUUAUGCCUCAUCAUUGCAGUCGCUUGCGCCGGAGUUGCGUUUGUCACCGUCGGUUUCCAGAGGGUCCUAUGCACCAACUCGCAAUCAUUGAGCAGUGAAUUCGUCCGUGUUGGCUCUAGACCGGGAACUCUCACUGUUCAAGGACUCGUUUACAAUAUCACCGCAGCCAAGAACCCAACCAACGUCUCCUUCACUGCCAUUUCAUCCAAAUUCCCUGGCCAAGAUGUCACACAAUUCUUCACCCGCGCUGCAUCCGACUUUCGCAAAUGCAAGGGUCUCACCGCGCGUGCUGCCGUUGACGAUCCUUGCACGAGCACCACUCCAUGUCAGAUGCCGAAUGCGUCACUCGUGUCUACCUUCACCAAUCUCGGAUUUGUCAGCACUGGCUUCACCGCUGGUUACGACUGGGCUCAGGUCGGCAAUAUGUCCAAUUAUAUUGUCCUGAAUGGUGCCGUGCUCAAUAUGACCACCUAUCUUCUCAACCAUCCAAAUCCCAUCCCCUCCGACAAUGUCGACAAAGCCAUUCGAACGGUACUCUCUGCUUCCAAUUCUGCCAGUGGCAAAGACGGCACUCGUCUUUUCUCCUCUAGGGCGGAUCUACAGCCGAGUAUUGCCUGUCUACACCAGCGCUAUUACGCGGGCAACAUUGACAAAAUCACCCCCGGUUGCUUCAUCACCAAUCUUGUUCUUUAUCUAGGGCUCGGUGUCAUCUUGAGCUUGGUUCUCAUUCGCUUCUUCAUGGCCAUUGUUUUCAGGUGGUAUCUCUCGGGGCGCCUCGCUGGCAAUCCUGAUAGUAAAACCUUGAACCGUUCUGCCAUAAGCCCAGCUGUUAUGCCAGAGGGUGCCAACCUCUCCGUCGACAACAAAAAUGGCACUGCCCCUUGGGCAAACGGAUCAAAGAAACUUGCAAAAGGCGUUAAACCAUCUCCACUCGGCCCACUAUCUGCGCGUACUCCUACCAACCCAACGUCCGCUCCCGUGAUGAGCUUGGCACAAAUUGGAGCAGAGCUGUUCGCUGUCUGUCUCGUGACCUGUUAUUCAGAGGGCGAGGAGUCUAUACGAACAACCUUGGAUUCUAUCUCUAAAACCAACUACUCUGACGCCCGCAAGCUCCUCUUCAUUGUUGCUGAUGGAAUGAUCACUGGCGCAGGAGAAAAGCGCAGCACUCCUGACAUUUGCGUUGGUCUUCUCGACGCUGAUCCGCGUUUCGGAGAGCCAAUUCCCAUGAGCUAUGGUUCGGUCGGCUCCGGGGCCAAGGCUCAAAAUCGAGCGAUGGUAUAUGCUGGUCAUUACACUGUUGCUGGACGUCGAACGCCCACCGUAAUUAUUGUGAAGUGUGGCACAGAGGAAGAAGCCAGGACUGACAAGAAACCUGGGAAUCGGGGCAAACGGGAUGGCCAGCUAAUUCUCAUGAACUUUUUCUCCCGAGUGACAUACAACGAUCGCAUGACACCACUUGAUUUCGACCUCUUCCGAAAAAUCCAUGUCCUAAUGGGAGUCACGCCAGACUUUUUCGAAGUUUGUUUAAUGGUGGAUGCUGACACAAUGAUAUUCCCCGAGUCGCUUCGACAUCUGGUGAACUGCAUGCACCAUGAUCAAAUGAUCAUGGGUGUUUGCGGCGAGACGCGAAUAGCAAACAAGCGCACCUCAUGGGUCACGGCAAUCCAAGUGUUUGAGUAUUUCAUUUCCCAUCACCUCGCAAAGGCAUUUGAAUCGGUCUUUGGUGGCGUAUCGUGUCUACCAGGCUGCUUCUCUAUGUUCCGUCUCAAGGCGCGGAAAUCUACUGGUGACGACUGGGUUCCGCUCAUUAUAAAACCCGAAAUCGUAAAGGAGUACAGUCAGAGUGAGGUUACGACUUUGCAUCAAAAGAAUCUACUUCUUCUGGGAGAAGAUCGCUUUCUCACGACAAUCCUUAUUCGAACAUUCCCUAAUCGCAAGAUGAUGUUCCUACCUCAGGCUCGCUGUAGAACGGUAGUUCCCGACACAUUUUCUGUCCUGCUUUCACAACGUAGACGAUGGAUCAACUCGACAAUUCACAAUCUCAUGGAGCUCGUCUUGGUCCGCAACUUGUGUGGUACCUUUUGCUUCAGCAUGCAAUUCGUUGUGUUCAUGGACCUUCUUGGCACCAUUGUUCUCCCCAUCGCCAUAUCGCUGACAUAUAUUCUCAUUGUCACUGCUGCGCUUAAUCCACCCAAAUCUUUCGACGAGGCCAUACCCAUCAUUCUUUUGGUUGCGGUAUUGGGACUUCCGGCCAUCCUUAUCGUCAUCACAACAGGAAAGGUUGUCUAUGUCUUUUGGAUGAUGAUAUAUCUGGUCGCGUUGCCAGUGUGGAACUUCCUCCUUCCGGUCUAUGCCUUCUGGCAUUUCGAUGACUUCUCUUGGGGAGAAACGAGAAAAGUAGAGGGCGAAGGAAAAGACAAAGGUCAUGUCAGCAGUGGUGGUGUUGCUGGGGAGGUUCCAAUGCGGCGUUGGGAGGACUGGGAGCGCUCACGACUACGAAAACUACGACGUGAAGAACGAAGGCGGAGGGACUUUGACCGCGCCUAUCCUUCUGGCUACUUUGCAGAGGGUGACAUGCUAUCAGUCAACGAUUCCCGCAGCCAGUUUGAUGGCUCAGACUCGUAUUCAGUCCAUUCUUCUGACGACGACCACUGGGGUCUCCAAAUCGGAGGCUACAACGAACACAAUGCCCAAUAUCCACCUCCACCGACAACGUUGUUGAUCCCUCACGACCAAACACUGCAGUCAGCCGAGACGCUUGAUAGCAAAGAGCUGGAAGCCAUGCUAGAAAUGGGAUUUGACGAUGCACCCCCAAAUUCUCUGCCAAUUUCUCGAUACCAACUACAAGACGCGUCAACUUCAUCGCUCCAGCUGGGUAAUGGGAAUAUCCGUGGCAACGGCUAUGCACCAUUGACUGCUGGGCAAGCGCCAUUGCCGACAGCAGUGUUUUCUCCUACGACACCCAAUGCCCCAACUGGACCAGGACGGCCACGACAACAGACAUAUGGUCCAUUAGGUCCUUUAGAUCCUGCCAUUUGA